AUGCGCAGCGGGGCACCGCGCUUCUUAUUCUUCUUCGUCUCCUUUCCUCCCUCAACAAGAUACAGCCCAACCAUUAAAUCGCGCCUUACAAAAUCGUUGUCGUCGUGGUCGACGUUGGGAGCUUUUACUCCGAAAACCAUCCUGUUCGAUUACGUUUGCAGAUCGAACGGUGGGAGCGGAUUUCGAGAAGGAUUUAGAACAUUGUGA